UCCUCUGUGAGUGGCCGCUGUGCUGGAUGACAGCUAUCCGGCGCCGAAACACCGAUAGACACUCAGACGACAGAGCCAUGGCGGCCACGGGUGGAGGGAAAAUUAGAAGCAGGAGAUAUCACAUCGCCUCUAAACCUUACGCCAAGAGUAAACAGCAGCAGUCAGGCCUCAUCAGUCGAGUGACAGACACAGUAAAGAGCAUCGUUCCCUCCUGGCUGCAGAAAUACUUUAAGAAUGAAGAUGGCCCUGAAGGAGGUGGGGCUGUACUGGGGACAGACCAGAACUGCCAGCUGCCACCUCCUCCUAAUGGCAGUGAAGAGGGGCCUCCUCCCCUUGAUGGACGUGACUCCCCCGAACCUAGCACCAGUAAUACAGAGCCCUCAACGAGCCGGGCAUCACUGAACUUUCAGGACUAUGUGCUUUCUCGGCCUCCUCUGAGUCGCUCACACCUCCACUUUCCCCCACUGGAUGCCUCUUCCCCAAUCCUCGGGGCCUCCAGCAGCAUCUUUUCCCAACCCUCCACCUCCUCAGCCCCUGGACCUUUUUCCACAGGCUUCUCCUUGGUCAAAGAAAUCAAGGACAACCUCUCGCAGCAUGAAGAUGAUAACAUCUCCACCACAAGCGGCUUCUCCUCCCGAGCCUCUGACAAAGAUGUCCCCACUUCCAAAACGGCAUCGCUUCCCCAGCUUUGGUCCCCAGAGACAGACAGAACAAACUCUGGGCAUCAGCAUGCCCAGUCCAGUCUGAAAAAGCCUGCUUUCAACUUGUCAGUUUUUGGGACUUCAUCCAAUUCAACAUUUAACAACACAGUACUAAACUCCAGCCAGCUUGGAGAUUCACCCUUCUACCCUGGGAAGACCACAUAUGGUGGGGCAGCUGCAGCCAGGAGCGCUCGCAAUCGUCCUGGAACACCGUACCAGGCCCCAGUGAGGAGACAGAUCAAGGCCAAGCCUGCUGGUGCUCAGCCCUGUGGGGUCACCAGCGCCACAGCCAGACGCAUCCUGCAGUCAUUGGAGCGCAUGUCAAGCCCUCUGGCGGAUGCUAGAAGAAUCCCUGCAGCAGCCUCAUCCCCUCUGUCAACAUCAAUGGACGGCACAAAUCUAGAUGUUUCACAUUUCCAGGCAAAGAAGAAACGAAUGGAUUCUUCCCUCCCACCGGUGCAGAAGCUGGUGGUUCCUGCUGCAGCAUCAGUGUCAGGAAACCGCUCCGUGUCCUUCAGGCCCACCCUGACACCUGGAGGAUUGAGCAGACCUCUGGACAGGACCCCAAGAGAGACGCCCACAAGACAAUCACCGCAACUACCUGAAACAAGCCCAGGUCCAUCUAAAAGCACAAUGAGUUCCAGCGUCCCAACUUAUCCUCUGUCCAGCACACCUGCAGCAAGCAGCGUGGGCUCUGGAGGUGGCAAGAUGAAGAGAGAGAGGACCACGGCACGGCCGUCCUCCAAACGCCCCGAGGAGGAUGAGGUGGUGGAGGUACCAGACCUUCCAGCCAUUUCACUUCCCAUCAGCACCUCUGCCUUGCCCUCCUUCAGCUUCACCUCACCGCUUCCACCGCUCACCCCUGUCAGAACCACACCUAAUGUCACGCCUUUGACCCCUGCGAAGGAAACAGUCCCAAACAAGGAGCCACCAACAGCCUCAACACCUCCUUGUGUACCUUUUACGUUUUCCUCUCCUAUUGUCAAAGCAACUGCUGCUAGUCCCCCUUCAUUUUCCCCAUCAGCUGGAUUCAUUUUUAGUGCACCUGUAGCAAAGUUGGGUCCCUCCAUGUCAAAUGGGAAGCUGGCCACUCCUAUAGCAGCAACAGCGAAGACAGCAACAGGCAAAAGCACAGAGGAGUUUGAAGGACCCUUCAAACCAGCCAAGACCCUGAAGCAGGGCAGCGUGCUGGAUCUUCUCAAAGCACCUGGCUUUUCCUCGCCCAUUGGUCGGACUUCCCCAGGCCCAGACAACACUCCUCAGAAGACCUCCACAGAGUCCACCUCCCCCUUCUCCUCCAUCACAACCACCACAACAACCUCUUCUCUGUCUUCUUCAGCAGGGCUUGGCAAUAUGUUCAAAGCCCCACCAGGCUGGAGCUGUGACGUCUGCUUCGUGCAGAACAAGCCAUCAGACACCAAGUGUGUUUGCUGUAUGGCUCCACAGCCUAAUUCCUCCUCAUCCAAAUCUGUGGACAGUAAACCUAUAACCACCCCCUCUGCUGGGCUAGAGAGCAGCAGCAGCACGGACACAACCACAACCACCACAAGUUUUGGCACAAUGUUCGCCAAACCUGCAGGAACUUGGGAUUGUGAUACGUGUCUUGUUAUAAACAAACCUGAUGCAGUAAAGUGUGUGGCCUGCGAAACAGCCAAACCGGGGACAGGGCUGAAACCCUCACUGACUCUUCCUUCUGCCUUCUCAGCUGUUAAGACUGUAUCCACCCCCACAGCCCCAAUUUCUACAGGGUUCACCGGAUUUGGUGACAAGUUCAAAAACCCUGAAAGUUCUUGGGAAUGUGAUACGUGUAUGGUAGUAAACAAGGCUGAGGACACAAAGUGUGUGGCCUGCACAAGCGCUAAACCAGGAGCAUCAACAGGUGCUUCAGCAGGAACCUCUUCUUCAGCCAGCACUGCUCCAGUGUUUGGGUUGGGAGAUGCAUUCAAGAAGCCAGAGGGUUCCUGGGAUUGUGAUACCUGUUUUGUACAGAAUAAGGCUGCUGAUGUAAAGUGUGUUGCCUGUCAGACACCCAAACCUGGAGCUACUGUAGAGUCCAAUGCUUUUAGUUCGACUUUUGGUUCAUCUGCUGGUGGGACUUCAGGCUCCUCUACAUUUGGCUCUUCUACCUCUACUUCUGGAGGUUUCAAGUUUGGCACAUCAGACAGUUCCUCUGGUAUCAAGUUUGGAGGCUCAUUGUCGGAGUCCUCCUCUUCAUCAUCAGGUGGAUUCAAAUUUGGAGUGCCAUUUGGAGGCUCCUCAUCAGAAACCACUUCUAAAGACACUACUUCCUCUUCAGGGUUCAAAUUCGGCAGCUCAUCUGAGGGCUUUAAAUUUGGGACUGCCUCUGCUGACGACAAAAAGUCAGACCAGCCUGUGGCUGGUUCUCUGUUUAACUUUGGAACAACCCGUGGGCUAAUUGCAACUGGAUCAUCUAGCACAGAGAGUAACUCCUCUAAAGGAGGCUUCACCUUUGGACUGUCAAAACCUGAAGAAAAAACAUCAGACACCACCACCACCACCACCACCUCAUCCUCUGUUAGUUUCACUCCUCCUGCUCCCUCUCAAGACAAGAGUGACAGUGUGGAAUCAUCAAGUGACACCACAUCAACAAACACCAACUCAACCACCACCACAGCGACCACCACUGGGUCUGUAUUCGGGAGGUUGGGUCAGCCGACACUGGCGACUACAACACCACAAGAUGGCUCUAUAUUUGGAUCCUUACAGACCAGCAAAGAGCCAGCUGCUCCCACAUUUACCUUUGGGAAGCCAGAGGAGAAGAACGAACCCAUUGGGUCCUCUGCUCCAUCUUCUUUCCUCUUUGGUGCUGCCAAUAAAGAGGCAGAUGCUGCACCAGCACUGGCUGCUUCAGGAGGCUUUUCCUUUGGCAAACCCAGUGCACCAACAGAACAACCUCCACCUGCGUUCACCUUUGGCAAGCCAGCAGACAAGAGUGAAACAUCCACUGCGGAGGCCCCGAAGCCCUCUUUUACCUUUGGACAAAGUGCUACAGAUUCUUCUGCUGCUCCAAAACCAGCAUUUUCUUUUAUGGCUAGUAAUCCUACAAACUCCACCACCUCAUCCUCCUCCACACCAAUUCCCAGUCUGUUCGGCAACCCUGCCACCAACACCACCGCCACCAGCAGCAGCAGCAGCAGCAGCAGCAGCUCCACUCAGGCCCCGGCUCCUUCUGCAGCUCCCAGCACUUUCAUGUUCGGUCAGCCUGCUGUAACCUCCAGCGACGCCCCUCCAGCUAAAGCAGCCUUCGUCUUUGGCCAAAGUCAGGACAGCCAGGCGCCUGCCCCGUCAGCUGCACCUCUGAACUCUACUGCAACCCCAGCUCAGCCAUUCAUCUUUGGUGCUUCUGCCGCCGCUGCUGCUGCUCCUCCUCCUGCCGCUGCUGCUGCUGCCCCUGCUCCGUCCUUCAGUUUUGGAGCAGGAGCGCCCCCUGCUGUCUCAUCCUCAGCAGCUCCAUCUGCAGCUCCCACACCAUUUACAUUCAGCUCAGCCCCCUCCGGUGGGUUUGGGGCCAAUCAGACUCCUUCAUUCGGCUCAUCCUUUCAAUCCCCUUUCAAUGCCACGCCUUCCCAGCCCCCGGCCUUCGGAGCCAAACCCAACACUGCCCCUGUGUUUGGACAGCAGGCAAACUCCACACCUGUAUUUGGGGCAGUUACUAAUUCUGCACCAGCAGGUGGAGGCUUUCAGUUUGGGGGAGCAAGUGCUUUCGGAGCCACAAACAACUCUUCAGGUGUGUUUACUUUCGGAGCAGGAGCAGCCGGUUCUCCUGCCCCUGCUGCCAACCCCUCCAUCGCACCCCAGUCAGGAGCACCUGGAGGUGGAUUCAACUUUGCACAACCCCCUGCGUUCAAUAUUGGGUCAACAAAAUCCUUCACCCCCUCUCCUGCUGGACAACAAGCAAUAGCAGGGCGCAAGAUCAAGACAGCGGUGCGGCGCAGAAAGUAGAGCCCUGUGGAUGGAAGUAGACUUGACUUUGACUUGACUGUAACCCCACUGAAUAAAGUCCUAGAAGGUCUUAACUGGACAAACACUGAAAUUACUUGUGAGGAAGGGCCGAGACUUGGGGCCACAUUGUGCUCAGGCUGGACAGGUGGGCGUAUUUUAGCUGUAGGCCGGGCUGAUUUACAGAGCCGUUAAUAUGCGAGACCAUCCAACAGGACUUCCCCAUGAAUAAAAACUGUCGACUAAACAAAGACACCGACUUAGAACACACAAAUCAAGCAAGGACCCCUGCUGAACACGAUGGAAAAACAAAGCAAGACAGUCAUAUCUAUAUUUUCA